GUACAAGUUGGUCUGCAGUGUCUUUGGGUUUCCUCGUCGCAACUCAGUUCGCGUAAUUCAAUUCGCUUUGCUAGUGUGGUUUGCUUAUUGCGAUCGGUGAUGCGCUGGAACUCUCCCUCGUCAGGCGGUGUCAUACUGCCAACCGAUGGCGCGACCCGUGGUAUACCAGUUCGCCGAGCUCUCGGAGAAGUAGACCAAGAGGACGACAAAAAUUCGCCCACUGCUGCGAGUGCUCCUUCGCUCUGCCAGGCCCUGACGAAGCGGGUUGCGCUAUGGGUCGCGUGCGGGGCAUUGUUUUCGGGGCUGUUUGCGCUUGUGUGGCUGGUCAUUGUGCACGGCAUCUUGCUUCCGACUGAUCUGCUCUCUGCCUUGUCGCCGGUGGGGGAUCCACCUUCGUUGCAGGGCGAGGUGGAUGAGGGUGGCAUCGUGCUGCUAUCGCUACCCCUAGCAAAGUAUGCAUUGCAAAAGUAUCGCCAUCGUACUAGUAUAAAUUUAAAUCGCAUCACAAAUUUUAUCAGGAAGAAAAUUGGAAUUUGUAAUGCAGAUUUGGGUAGGAAGCCAGAUUUGCAUUUGUCAUGCAUACCUGCAAUUCAUACGAGUGCGAUGCUUUUGCAGUGGAUACAAAGCGCUUACGCGGAGGAGGUGGAGGUGCGACGAGUAAACCAACGACGGACGAAGGGAGCGUGCGUGCUUCUACUACGCAGGAGCAGGACGACGUCUUGCCUCGCGAGUCCUUGACAGCCACAACAAGCACUUCUACUUUGUCACCGGCGGGGGCCACGCAAUAUGCGCACAGUAGGGUAUCAUCUGAUGAACACCUCCCAGGAGCUGGCGUCCUCGUGCCAGGAGGUGUUCCUGAAGCAUCAUCGGAGGGAAUGACUACAUCCGCCGCUCCAACAGAGGCACAGCUGCUGCACGAGAGAAAGAUGAAACGACGGAGGGAAGUUGCAGAAGCCCUAUACACCCCACAGGAGCUCGAAACAUACAACAAAGAGCUGAAGAAUAACUACGGAUUGGUCUACGAAGAGAAGUACCAUCACAAGGAACAUUCGAAGGUAAGCAGUGUCAGGCUGUUCAUCUUGUAUUCAAUAGAUACUGUUUUCAAGCCCCUUAAUUUGCCUUCACUUGCUGAUCGCGGCGCUUUGCUUUAGCGAUAGUGUCAACCUCAUGAAGUCAGAAUGUUAUGCUUAUCGACAGCGAUCGGUUGAGUUGUUCUUUCUGAUUCUUUGUCGCCAGCAGCUAAAAUGAAGAGCAAGAAAGUCUCCAAUUGGCACCAAGCACGCAAAUUCUUUCAUCUCGGAAGAAUCGCAUUCGCAUCAGCGCGCUACGCCCUACAUGCGUAGGGUCGCUCCGUAGAACUUCCAAAAAGAAAAUCGUCGCCAUUAAAGCUGUUUGUGUCGCCGUGCAGGUGGCGCCUAGUCUUUAGGUGCCACUUCGCCUAUCGACCAGACUGGCGUCGGAGGCUACGUUCAAUUCAUGUCUAUCAUGUCCCAGAAUGAGAUCCUUGUAUGGUUUGAAACCAGAUGGUUGUAGAUGCAAACGAUCCUGAGCUCCCUUGACUAACCUUAAAGCUCCUAUAUGCUAAAUUUAAAUUUAAAUUUUGCAAUUCCUGUUCCUCGAAAACCACUCUUGAGGCGAAUUGCAUUUCGUAUUCCAAAGGCAGGUAACUGUGGACCGAGACGCCCUCGAGCGGUGGUUUUGCCUCGCUGGCCCGGACCGCGCCCAAAAACGGACGGGGAAGCCCUUCAAGUCCUGCGAGCCUGGAUCCGGUGGUGAAGAUCAGAAUUCGUCGGGGUCGCCGCACACGGACAAAGACAAGCCGUUCGAAACAGACGUGUGUCCUUUCUUAACGAAAUCCAAUGUGCAUCAGGGGUGGACGACCCCGCGCAACCAUAUCCUCGAGAAGUGGUUCGGUAAAGACGCACCGUCGACUAGCAUAGUCGGUCUCAUCGGCGAUACCCCGGGGGAGGGAUGCGUAAUCGAAAAACAUUCGGCGCCGUCUACCAAGUACCUUUACGAAUCAUGUGCCGUGGUCGGCAGCUCCGGCAACCUCGAGGGCAGUGCACUCGGGCCCGAAAUAGACUCACAGGAAGCGGUGUUUCGCUUUUCAUGUGCUCCAACGGUAUAAAUGCAAUUUAUCAAUUUGUGUUUUCCUCGACCGAAAAUUUGAUUGUCCGCACCGAGAACUGUUUGGUCCGUCUUCCUUCAUAGACCUCUGAAUUGAUAUCGGACUUGCUAAAGCAACAAGAUCAGAAAAACCAACGGGUGCGGUAUAACUGGGAGUUCUUCAUAACUCGCAGUUGCAUCUGUUGACCUGUCUGAUCAUACAAAAUCGCCGUUCUUUUUCCGCUUCUGGAUUCUGCCUUCCCCUUCGCACUGUGAACUAUUCGCUCAGCUUUUUUUCGCAUAAGCGAGUGAACUGAUAACAGCUGCUACAACAAGCUUAUGUGGUCGGUAAAACCAACGGGCAUUGAUUGCGCUCCAAGCUGUGCCUGUUGACCUGACCGACCGCACAAUCAUUCUGCGCACCGCGCUUCAUCUCUUGACAAUGUUUUGCCUUCUGUUCCCUUUACUUCUUCGCGAUCAAAAAAACCUUCGGGCGCACUUAGCCUUUUGUGCUGCGUCAGUUGACCUGUAUGAUCGAAAAGUGACUGUGAAUUCGCUCACAUAUUCCGGGCUUUCCGACCCUGCUGUCCCUUGGAAAAUCCGGUCUCGAGCGCCACAAACAGUGCUUCUCCUUUUUACAGAUGAAGUAACAUUCGCGCCUUCGUGACAUACCGCUGCGUCACUUUUUUUGCAGCUGCAACACAGGUUGGGUUCGAGGAUGACGUCGGGAGCAAAACUACUUUCCGGUUUCUGUACCCCGAGGCCAUGGGCGGCGCGACGGACUGGUCCAAAAUUUGUGGCGGGAUCAUCCCGAAGCAAGACCUGGAGGCCACCAUCGUCUUAGUGACGCUCUACAAGGAGCCGGACGUAAACUGGUGGCUGUCGCACCUGCACCGGCCCAAGAAAUUCUUCAUCAAGACGCCGAACCCGUGCUGUGCCUAUUCCAACGUAGCGCACCCCACGCGGGACAAGGUCAAAUUCAAGGACGUGCGCUUUCUCAGUCCCGCCUGGUUGGAAAGUGUUGCGCUUGACCAUGUACGCAACCUGGACCGGGGGACCAUGCCAAAGCAGGGCGUCAACGGGGUUUUCCUGGCUUUGCAGGCCUGCCGCACCGUCAAAAUCUACGGCUUCGGCUCGGAAAACGCGGAUGGGUCCGUGGUGCCGCACGCCCAUUACUACGAUCUUACAUGAGCUGCAGCAGGUGGCACAGCGCCCCUCGAGGAAGACCCAACAGCACACCGUGUCAGCCGCCUCUCCUGACAUGUACAUGAAGAGCUGGCCCGGGCCGAACAUUUUUAAAGAGCGAGUGCUAGUGAGGCGGAUGGUGGUCGGUGGAGACGCUUCACCUACUUCAUUGGUUUCGGGCUAGGGACGCUCGUGAUUCAGCGCAAGCGGAAUACGUCGCAAACUCUACUGAGCGUCGCGGACUCGUGGUGCGACUAUUGCAACUACUUGUAGGGGCCUGUCGGGAGGUGCCGUUGUGUCCGCCGACCACAGUGCGACCAGGUGCAUUCUUGCUGCGACCUGCAUUCCUUGUAACGACCCGACUGCUCAAAGCGCACCAUCGCAAGGGACGAUCCGUCCCCUGGGGACUUCCUGGGUGGCAUGCGCCGAAAGAGCUUGGCGGAGGCGGCAUGCGAUUGCGCGGCGAAAUUCGAUGCCGGAAAGAUCUCUCACGCGGCUUCAAAGGAGCAACUACACAAAGAGCAAUAACACGAAUAGUUCGUUGAGCGUGAUCCGAUCACUAAAAAGUGUCUGCAGCCAGCAUGAUGAACAUCUGUGAAAUUUGUAGAUAGGGAUAUCUGAGAUUCGUCUCUGACGUCGCUGUCACAAAAAAUGUCGAAAAGAGAUUCUGAAAUCAUACAUUGCGAAAGUACCGGAAGCAAACCAGCAGAAUUGCAAUCUUAUGUAGACCUCCAUACAGAAAAAGUAAAAGAAAAAGCCUCACUCAGGUAGUAUGUGAGAAGUUUUGGAAAUUUGUGUACACUUGCAAAGCCACUUUGAACAUCUGUCCAGUGAAUGCUGAAAAGCGAGGGACCAGCAGACAUUGCGCGGUUGGUGAUAGAUGCGACUGACCUCGACGAGUGUAUCGCAGGAAGGCUUUCCACAUA